AUGGGUGAGGUGGCUUAUAUGGACGAAGGAGACUUAGAAGCAAUAGUUAGAGGCUACUCCGGCUCCGGUGAAAGCUCCGGUGGGUUUUCACCUCCGUUUUGUCUACCUUUUGAGACGGCUAGUUUCUACGAACCGGAGAUGGAGACAACCGGUUUAGACGAACUUGGUGAACUCUAUAAACCCUUUUAUCCUUUCUCCACACAAACGAUCCUCACGAGCUCGAUCUCUGUCCCCGGCGAUUCCAGAAGUUUCCGAGGUGAAAAGAAACAACGACCACAUGGUUGUCUUCUAUCUAACGGAUCAAGAGUUGACCAUCUCCGAAUCACAGAAUCCAAAUCGAAGAAAAGCAAAAAGAAUCAACAGAAGAGAGUUGUUGCGCAAGUGAAGGAAGAGAAUCUGUUGUCAGAUGCAUGGGCUUGGCGUAAAUACGGGCAGAAACCAAUCAAAGGAUCUCCAUACCCAAGGAGUUAUUACAGGUGCAGCAGCUCAAAGGGGUGUUUGGCAAGAAAACAAGUCGAAAGAAAUCCUGAAAAUCCAGAAAAGUUCACCAUAACGUAUACAAAUGAGCACAAUCAUGAACUCCCAACCCGGAGAAAUUCAUUAGCCGGUUCAACUCGAGCCAAAACUUCCCAACCCAAACCAUCCGUAACCAAAAAAACGGGAAAAGAGAUGGUUUCUUCUCCCACAAGUAAUCCCAUGAUCACAUCCGCUGAUGAAUCUUCUGCCGCGCUUCAAGACAUUGGGGUUGCAGAGAUGAGUACCUACCAAACAGCCGGAGAAAUCGAGGGCAUGAGUAACAAUUUACCAUCGGAUUUGAUGUCGGGGACCGGAACUUAUCCGAAUUUUACUGGUGACUUUGAUGAACUAUUAAUGAAGAGCCAAGAGUUCUUCAGUGGAAACUUGUGGAAUUACUAG